AUGAGGGUCAUCGAUUUGGGUCCAGACCCAUCUCUGGCUUAUCGGCCAAAUUUGACAUCUGAAACAAAAAAGGAAGAAGACUAUAGAAACUUUGAGAAGGGGAGUGUCGCCCAGCAUGUGUACAACACAUACAAACUGAUGCACACCAACCAGAACGUGGACUUUGUCAAGCAAAAGCACUUAGAAUGGAGCGGGUGCAACCACGCUGAGAUGACCAUGAUGGACGCCAUCAUGUCUCUGGACAAGCUGGUGGACGAGUCGGAUCCAGAUGUGGACUUCCCAAACUCCUUCCACGCCUUCCAGACGGCAGAGGGCAUUCGCAAAGAGCACCCAGACAAAGACUGGUUCCAGCUAGUGGGUCUCAUUCACGAUGUUGGGAAGGUCAUGGCACUGUGGGGUGAACCUCAGUGGGCGGUGGUGGGUGACACAUUCCCCGUGGGCUGUGCAUUUCAAAGCUCCAUCGUGUUCCGAGACAGCACCUUCAUGGAGAACCCGGAUGAUACAAAUCCCAGCUACAACUGUAAAUAUGGAAUCUACCAAAAAAACUGUGGGCUGGACAACGUCCUGAUGUCAUGGGGUAAUGAUGAGUACCUUUACCGCGUUCUCCAGUUCAACAAGUGUCCCCUCCCCAAGGAGGGCCUGAACAUGAUCCGCUACCAUUCCUUCUAUCCCUGGCACUCCCAAGGCGACUACAUGUACCUGUGUGACGACAAUGACCUGCAAAUGCUGCCUUGGGUGAAGGCGUUUAACAAAUUCGAUCUCUACACAAAAGUGGAGGAACUGCCUGACGUGGAGAAGCUGCGUGUUUACUACCAGUCGCUGGUUGACAAAUACUGUCCAGGAAUACUAAAAUGGUGA